GUGUAACCAGGAACUGGGAAUAUAAGAAGUGGUGUGUUGGCAUUCUAGCGAAAUUUGGAUCAAAGUGCAAUAAAACUGUCAAUUCUGACCUCCUGCGUGUCCGCAUACAGCAGCCAGGCGUUUAGAAACACCUCUACAAAGCGACAUAUUCUCUCGAACAGUAAGUAAGCUGAGGAAAGAGGAUGGGGAAGAAAGAUGCCAGUGCGACGGGAUUACCAGUUGAUCAGUACCGAAAACAAAUUGGAAAGCAGGACUACAAAAAGACAAAGUCGGUCUUAAAAGCCACGAGGCUGAAAGCUGAAGCAAAGAAGAAUUCCUCUGGAUUCAGGGAUGCGUUCCUGGUCAUCGCAGCGAUCCUGUUGUUUGUCCUCUGUGUGUAUGCCUUCUUCUACCUCAACCUGAGUACUGAGAUCAACCUGGACGUGGAUAUGGACUAGUAAGAAGUGGACAGAGUGCCGACUGCUUCUUGUCUUCACACCCUUCAUACAUGAGGACGAGCGGAAAAAUGAAUACAUGCAAUCAAAUGACUGUGUCCUAAUGGCCAUUAAUAAAGAGCUAGAACACACAAGUCCUGUGUUAGUUUGGGACUAGUCAACACAGUCUGUGACAAUGAACUUCCUCCUCAGGAGAAAUUACACAAUGCAUCAAAUAACUAAGUUUCAGGCCAUUUUUGACAUUUGUUUUAUAUGUAGAUAUUAAAUAUCUUUACCUUUAUUUCCUGCAUGGGAACGCACAAUGAAACUAUAAUCAUUAUUAUAUUGGCACUUAUUAUUUAGUUCUACAUCCCAAUUUUUAUUUUUUUUGUUUGUUUUUGUUUUAUUUCCUGAGCUCAGAUCUAACAGUAUAGCUUUGUUUCUCAUUCUCUGAAAAAGUCAGUGACCUCUUGUAAAACAUUCUGCUGCAAAAUCUACAUUCAGCAAAGCGAGCGACCCUCUUUUUUUUUAACAAGUCUUCCAAACUACAGUCGAGACCAAGCUCCGUUAAUCAUAUUCUGCGGAGUCACGUCCCACUGUUGUCUCCACUAAUAGAAAAAUGUAAAUCUCCUGCUGAACCUCUCGUCACAUCGAGACAAACACUUGCCUCACAUUCCAGUGCACAAACCUCUCCUCUCGGAUAUCUGGAGAUCACAAAGUGUGAGAUUAGAAUCCACAAAGCCCUCGUCCUGAUUGAACAUGUGUGCAGAAUACAGAACAACACAUUGUACCUGCCGCACACGCUUGCAGCGCGAGUGCAGACAUCCGCAGGAUUAGCAUUACAAAUAUGAUCCUGUUCUGUCAUUUGAAUGGAAAUUACAGAGAUGAAUGAUGACUGAAUAUAGGUCAGCCUAUAUGUUUCUCCUAAGGAACACCUUGAUAAUUGUCCUUGUCAGAUGUAUGUAUUGAUGUGUUGCAAUAUAAAGGCCUCUUCACCCCACUGCUUUGUGCACUGGUUCUGCUAAGGAACAAGGACUGACCUUCCAUUAACUAUUUCAGUCCGAGUGCUUGCACUGUUUGAGAGAGAUUCUUUGUUAGAAAAAGAGUGCCAUGUUAGGGGCUUUUAUUUAGUCCAUUUGCUUUGUGUUUUUGUUUGAAAUUGCAUCUUUUUUUUUUUCAAUUUCUAUUCCAUGUUUUUCUGAGCACACAUCAACCCUAACUAGCAAUAGCAAUACUGUUGUCUAAAAGGCAAUUUGUACUGUUUUGGAUACGACUCUUUUACAUUAGUGUAACACACGAACGGCCAAUACCAACACACAAGAGGCCUUGUGACGUCUUUCAUUCCAAACAUGUUUUUUUCCCUCCGAGUCGCUUUUAAAAACAGUCUUGUGUCUGUGCCCUGUUCUUUGGUUGACAUGAUUCUCGAAAUAUGAGACAGAUUUCGAGGUUUCAGUUUCUGCCUUUUUUUCCUCUUUCUCCCAUGACCUCCCGACCUCUUGUAAAAAAGACGACAUAUGCAAGAAACCAUUAUGAUAAGCAUGCACCCGUACCCUCACCCACUUGCUUUUAUCAGGCCUCGGUGCAUCUAGACCCCCCUCCUCUACCACUGUGGGCCACUCACAUGUGUGACAAUAGAUAGCCCGACCUAAAAGACCUUCAUACAUGACACCUGCUAUCUAAAAGGUCACCAUUACUAACUACAAGAGCUCUGACAUCGGCACAAUGGAAAAUAUCUGGCAGCACAACCUAUUUAUUCAGACCCACGUUUGGAAAUAUGAGAUGAAAGCUAUUUUUCACAGUAGUGUAAUGGUUAGUGCUGUAAUCGAAUUGGUUUGUAUGGUAUAUAAACAUUUUACAGUUUGCUUUGUUAUUAUGAUUCGGUUACAGGAUGUUGUGUGAUAUUUUAUGAAUAAGUUUUCUGUAUUUCUUUUGUUGAAUUGCUUUUAAAAUCAUGUAUCUCUUUGUAAGGAAAUAUAAUGCAUAAUGUGACAGAAGAUUAAAGGACCUUUUCAGUUUUCAA